GGAAUAGUCGGUGGAGGGGAUUGGUCACUGCACGUGAUCUGCACGCAGCUUUGUUCGAACUUUGCACUUUCCUAUGAAAUAAGAAUCCCUACCCUGCACCCCACAUGCCAUUACUUAGCUCCAAACCAAGUACCAUAACAAUUGGACCAGAUGUAUCUAUUCCAUGAUUAUGAUUGUUGGGUCCAUUUUUAUUUUACUUUUGAAAUAGUUUAGCCAUGUAGAAUGUUCUUAUUUGGUCUCAAACUCUCAAUGAUGCAUUCGCUUGUUAUGAACAGAUAAUACCCUCUUGAAAGUUGCAAAGCCUAUAUGAAGAAAGGUGUUGCGAUUUUUAGCCACAGAGUCUGCGCGUGCUUGCACGCGUUACAGAUCACAGAAAAUUGUGGACCAGCUAUUUUACCCGUGGGAAAGAAUAAGCAAAUAAAUAAAUAGAGUAUAAAGUAUAAUAUAUGUAUGUUCAUUUAAGAAAUGUAGUGGGGGUCUGUGAACUGUGAUUUAAUAUCAGUUGUGUUUGAGAAUUGGUUUUUUCCAAUUAUUUUUUUCUUUUUCUGGGGAAGAUGGAUGUAGUUGCUUCUCAUUCCUAUAGCGUUCUUGGCCUCUCUUUCUCCACGAGUUUCUCUUUGCGCAAGCACUGCUAUUUAGCUGAGGUUAAAGUUCAACCUUCACCCUUUGCGUUCAAAAUGGCUGUCUCUCCAUUUACCAAUUCAAAAAUUAUAAGUUCUAAAGGAGACACCGAGGGAGUUCAAACAAGUAGGAAAACUGAAGACAAGAGAUCUAAAUCAUUCAAGGCUGAGAAAACAGAGUCACCUCAUCAUGAAGAGAUAAUGGAUCUACUCAAAAGGAUACGGAUUUCAAUAUCAAAGGGUAAAUCACAAUACAAGGAUAAGCCCUCAGCUGAAUUUGAUCGAGAUAUUCUUGGUGAACCAAAGAAACAAGUGAAAGCAGGUAAUAUCUCAAACAAGUCAAAACAGAAGGAUUUGUCGGAGAAAAUAUCCGCGUCAAGAAAUGAGGAAGGAGUAGAGGAGAACCCACAUGUAUUAGGGUUUAAGUUGACUAGGCUACCUUCAAACUUUGCAAAGAAAUCCCCUAUUCCAUCUCUAUCAACCCCAAGAAGCAACACUAUUGGGCAAACUAACUAUGGAUCAUCAAACAUUUCGUUGGAAACAAAGGUUCAACCAGAGCAAGAAACCCUGGAAGAAAUGAAACUUGCCCAGUUGAAAGAACUGGCCAAGUCAAGAGGAAUAAAAGGUUACUCUAAGCUUAAGAAGAGCGAACUUAUCAAAGUACUUGGAUCCUAGACUAGACCUAAUCCUAGUUUUCCUUGUGAUGACUCUAACUACCAUCAGAUUGUACAAAUGUAUGGAACUACGGAUUAUAUGAAACUCAGAU